GGAGAUGCGUUAUCCAUGAGGUUGCACCUUAUGGAUUCUUUAUCCAUGAAUUUUUUUAUAAAUUUUCCAAUUUUUUCUCUAAAAAAGAAAAAAAGUUAAGUUGAUACAUACUUCUAGUGGAAGAGUUUGAGCCCUUCCAGAAAAAGAAACUACUAAUCCGGAAAAGAUGAAAAUAACAUUUUGAAAGAAUACAAUGGGAGUAUAUUAGGAAUAACUCAAAGUAGUGGGAAAAGGAGUUAUGAAGAGAAGAGAAAAAAAAAAAAAGGAAAGAAACGGACGAGUUGACAAAGAGAAGAAAGAGUGAUGAUUAAGUAAAGUAAAAGAAAAAUUCUCUCCUUUAACUUCUGUGAUGUUUUAUAUAUAUAAGGCAGUCUGGUUCACCACUACUCUCACAAAACAAAGAAAAUAACCAACAUUAGAACAAAAAUAUUUCUGAGCCAAACUUUCCUUUUCUGUUAUCUUCAACUUUUAACUGUAUUUUGGACCUUCAAUCUUCACCUUCGUCACUUCCUAAUCUUCUUUUUAACUUGUUUUUUCUUUCUUUCUUUCUUGUAAUCUUCUCUUCACCUUCAUCAUAAAACCUUUAUUGUAUUAACAUCCAAUUUUUCUGAACUUUAUUUGUAUUGUUUACAUGGCUGCAGCUUUAGAUUUUUACAGAAAUGAUGAGGAAUUUGAACCUUUCAUUAAUACUUCAACACCCACAAAUUCAUAUUUGAUUAACUCUUCUUUACCUCCAAACAACAACCUUUACAUGAUUACUCAAGGAUUUAAUGAAAUGGGUAAUGCUCAAACUCCUUCAUUUGAGCUUCUAAACUUCAUUCCUUCACAACAGCUUCUUCCUUUUUCAAUGGCUCCCACUUUAAAUGUAGAGAAAACCAACCAUUUUCUUUCACCAAAACCAACACUUAUGAAACAAAACAAAUCCACAAAAUUAUACAGAGGAGUAAGACAAAGGCAUUGGGGAAAAUGGGUUGCAGAGAUCAGAUUGCCUAAGAAUCGAACUCGUCUUUGGCUCGGAACAUAUGAAACUGCUGAAGAAGCUGCCUUAGCCUACGAUAAGGCAGCAUAUAAGCUUCGAGGAGACUACGCUCGUCUCAAUUUCCCUCAUCUGAAACACCAUGGAGCUCAUGUGACGACUGAAUUUGGCCAUUAUAAGCCUCUUCAUUCUUCUGUGAAUGCUAAACUUGAAGCUAUUUGUCAAAACUUGGAAAUUUCUCAAAAACAAGGGAAAACAGAGGAACCCUGUUUCUCCUCUGUUUCUGGUUCUGAUUCUGGUUCUAUGGAGAAUGUUUCAUCAACAAAUGUUGAGAUUUUGAUCCCUAAAACAGAGGUUUUAUGGGGUUCGGACGAAUCUUCGGCUGCCUCAUGUUCACCGGAAUCAGGCGUUUCAUUCUUGGAUUUCACUGAAUCUUCUUGGGAUGAAUCUGAUAGUGUUGCCUUGGAUAAGUUUCCUUCCUUUGAAAUAGACUGGGCUUCUCUUUGAAUCUUGCCUCUUAUCCUUUUUAUCUCUUUGUUUUCUUGUUUGUUUUUUCUUUGUUUAGGUCUUUGCAAAUUGGAAUUUUUGACAUUUGCAAGAGGGGAAUCUUGUUAAUAUUACUGCUAUUUUAAUUUGUCAAUACAAUGUAUUAGUAUCUUCCUCAAAACUCAGAACUCAGAACUCAGAACUCAGAAGUGGUUUGGUGGUAGUUUUUUUUUCCGCUUAACCAAAGAUAAUUUAGGAUUUUAUGUUUUUCAUCUAGUUCUUGUAAGGUUAGUUAUCAUAUUGUAAGUGGUGUUUUUUU